CGGUCCGCUUGCUAUGCAUAUAGCUCAAGCAGCAUGCACGUCAGGCCCCACACCGAAGAACAGAAGGUUGAAUUGUUAGAAACUUCAGAAUUAUAAACGUAUAACUGGUAUAUAGAUGCCGGCUUGUGGGUUAUAUGGGGCAUAGCCUCAAUUGCACCACAGCUAGAAGAAGAGAAUGAGAACUACGUAUACACCUAUCUCUGAAUAAAGUCUGAUUGCCCAGGCCCUGCGCGGACACCGAGCCAGAACGACCGAAACGGACCUACCUCAACCAACAUGACCGAUGGAUUGUGCAUGCUUGAGAAGUAAUCAAAUCUAGGGAAAUAAUCGAAAGACAAGGAAAAAGUAAAGGUUGUGACACCAGGAUCAUAGGCCCACUCAUGGGCACGACUUCCUGUGAGGAUGCCAAGAAACACUGACAACGGUAGCAGCGGCACCGGAACAGUGACUCCUUCAUCAACAGCCCUCAUUGAUGGUGAUGCAAGAAAACGGCUUCACUUGACAGUUCCUUGUUCCGUAACCUUGGACAAGCUGAGGGAAUCUUCAAAUAAAUUUGUCUUGAAGCAUGGCAGUGGGUACUAUACAAUAACAAAAGGAGACUCGUUGAGAUACAGGAUUGAAGGAAUCAAAGUCUUGAGAACGAGAAAUCGAUCGAUGCCAACUUCAACUCAAAAAGGUGGGAACAAAAUGAAUCGGCCAGACCCCAGGGGUGAGGGGUAUCGCCGCUUUCCUCCAUCUAGGGAAUCUAGUUUCCUAAAUGCUACGCAGGGAGACUACGAGGGUCGAUUUGAUGGGAGAUAUUCAGGUUCCUAUCAAAGCAGGGGGCGAGAUAAUCGCUACGAGCAAAGAAGGCAUUGGCCACCACGUGGUAAUUAUGGAAAACGGGGGAGCAGAGACUCUUACAGUAGAGAAUUCAACAAUUCUAGGGGUCAGUUUGGGAGAAGGGCUUCCUCUUACCCUGAGGAAGCUAUUGGUGAACAUAGCAGAUAUGAGAGAUUUCCUCAGGGAGACCGGGAUGGAGCCAUGAGGUUCCAAGACCGUCAAGGGAGGUACCCGAGUCAGAAUACACAGAAGAGGAGGCACCAGAGUGGCUCCAGUCUAGAAGACGUUCCGAAACCAUUAGCAUCAACAUACAAGAAGGCUAACAAAGCUGAGCUGAGCAAUCAUGCAGUAUUACAAAAAACACCUGUUGAUGAGGACUCAAAACAAUUGAGCAAAGAAUCCAAGCUUUCCAAAGACAAUGCGUUAGAUAAUGAACGGACUACACAAAACCAUAAUUUAAAUAAUGACAAAGCAAAUCCAUGUGGAGCCUCACCGGGUCUUUCAAAUUCUGGUGCAAACAAAGCAUCUCAAGACACUCUUAAUGAAACAGCUAAGCCCAAUACUGAAAAACAGAAAAGGAAAGCAGUGUUAACAAUGUCUCAGCAAAUAGAAUCUCUCAGAAGUAAAUCUCCCAAAACUAGUGUAGAUCAAACUAAGGAAAGGUCUGCCAAAAAGCCUGAAGGAGUUAGCGUACCUAUCUCGAGAACUGGUAAUGGAGACACUGCCAAAGGGAGUCCCCAUCGAACUGAAAUUUCUGUACCAAAUCAUAUAGAUGGAGAAAACUCUUCAGCAAAAGAAACGGAGGGCAGCAGUUCAAGAGAAUCAGAAAAUGCAGGCGCAAGUCCAAGAAGAUUACACAGUGCUAGGAAAAGUGCUCCAACAUCAAGUGUUAGUAGAACUCAGAAAAGUGACAUGCUGAAGAAGCAAGCUCUUCUAAAGCAGUCACAAAUUGCUUCAAGCCCACCACCUGACAAUGCCUCGAGUACACUCUCUGCAAGGAUGGGUGUGAAAGAGAGAAAGCCUUGUCAGAAAGACUCUGCUGAAAGUAGUCCUGUCAGUGUUUCAGAAGAAAAGGAUACAUCCAAGUCUUUGAAUGAUGCUUCAAGAACAUUAUCGGAAGAAGCACCAAUAAGCCUAACGGAAAAGGCGUUGACACCACCUCCGAGCGAGGACCUUGUAGUUCUCUCCGACUCAGAAGUCAGUGUAAUGGAAACUAGAUUGCAAGACAAAGAAGUUGUGCCUGAGGAAAGAGAACUAGGAAAAAGUAAGGAGCCAGAAAACAAAGUUGAAGAUCAGAAAGCAGUAUCAGAUGACACACCAGCUACCUCCAUCACCAGGGAUUUUGUGAAGUCUGGUGAUCCUGAAAUGUCCUCUGCAGUUGGAAAGAUGGUGUUAAAGAUUAAAGAAAACUUGAAGAAGAAACAGUCAAAGGGUAAUAUUUCCCCUCGGACUUCAUCUUCCAGCAGUAGCAGGGUAGGAUCAAGGCCAAGUUCUAGCUGUUCUGUAGAGAGUCCAAUGGAUGUUUCCGAAAAAAAUGAUACUCUUGAUACUGACAUUCCAGAAGAUCACCUGAAAGAUAAGAAUGAAAUAUCUCCUGAAACUUCUUUACCAGACCAAAAUAAUGAAUGUGAAAUGUCUUCAGAAAUCCCUGAUAAUGAACACAAAGUUAAUGGAAAGGAAGUUUCUGAAGACCCUUUAUCAAACAAUAACACAUGUACAAGAGACAACAAAAUUACAAACUGUGAUGCUAUGGACAUGGUAGGUGCUGAUGAACAAGCUUCACAUCCAGAUGGUGUCCAAAGUCUGGACGGUGAGACCCAGCCAUUCCAGGUUUCAAUUGAACCUUCAGCUGAUCAAAUAGACCAUAUAUGCAAGGUAGUGGUUGAUGAUUCUUCAAAGAUUUCUUCUGCAACUGAGAAAUCUGAUAUAGUGAAUAGUCAAGGUAUAGAUGAUGAAAUUGUCAAAACAGCUACAUGUAAUUCCCUUCCUGAACAAUCUGAAGAAGCGUCACUUAUAAAAGAUGACGCAGUCUUGCCAAAGGCUGCAGAAAAUAUUGAAGAAAUCAGUGAUGGUAGUGUUGACUUAGGACCUCAUGAACCUGGUGAUAUGGAUGCUAUUGAUGAUGACCUUCUCUUGGAGGAUGAUCCUAUUAUGUCUGAGGGGUAUAACCCCGAACCAGACAAGAUGGACACCUCAGAACUUUCUGAAGCACAUGACUGUGAGGUCACCGAACUUGCCAUAACCAAGGUAGAGUCCCAGAGUGAAGAUGUGCUUCAGGCAGGAUGGGAUCAGCCUACCACGUCCAAGCGGACCUUAACGGAAGAUGUUGAAGAUGUCGAAGGUGAACCAGUCUGUAAGAAGAGUCGCACAGAAAAUGAAAACGUCAUUGAAGGUAUCGAAUGUCCAACUGAGUCUGAAGAAGUUGCCGACCUCGAAGAAAGUAAAAAACCUGUCAUUUUCUCACACAGUGAGUGGAAAGAUUUUGCUCAGUCUAUCAAGGAAAAGUAUGAGAGAUUGGUCCAGACCUUCAAUCAAAAGACGAACGUCAUGUACGAAGCUCAGGCCCACUGGCAGCAGGAGUCCAACUCCUGGAAGGACAGGUAUGAUAACCUGGAACAGAAAUACGAAGAGCUUCUCAUCCAAGUCAAGGAGAGGUCAGAGGUUGAGAAACAGGAUGUUGAGGUACAGACCACCUUUACACAUAAAACAAAGCUUUCAAGGAGGAAGAAAGAGGGAUCCCGACAGGGAACUCCUAAGUCGUCCCAGGAGAAACCUGUAGAAGAAGGAGAAGCAAUGGAAACUGAACAGGGUACUACCAGCUCUUCCGAUGUCCCUGCCCUGUCGGGGACACCACCACCUACCUCAGACUUUGAACCUUCUGCUGCAUCAUCAUCUUCAAAGUCUAAUAGCUCCCCUGACAUCCCAGGUAGCAGUAAAUCCACCAAUGUUGAAUCCAAGAGAGAGGUCUUCAGGGCCACCCUCAAUAAGGUCAUGCAGAAUAAGAAGAACUUGUCUGGAGCAAGUGAAGCAGGUACUUCAUCAGACGCUCCCUCAGGAAAAGAUUCUCAGGACACAGCGUCACCGUCAAAAACAGAUGCUCAUAUUGAGUCCACAGAAAAAUCUGGUGGUAUUACUGAUGGUGCUGCAGCCUCAGAGACAGAUCAACCGAGUGAAGAAUCCCCUAUGGACACCUCACAAUCUGGUAGUAAGACAACUGAACCUUCUACUGCUGAUGCUGCAUCUACUCAAUCAUUGCAAACAAAGGGACCAAAUGUUGCAAUCAAUGCCUCAGGAACUGCCACUGCUGCAUCUCACCCACAAGAGACUAUUUCGUCUGCACCAACACCUAACAUAGAAACCUCUAAAGGGUCUUCAGAUUCUAAAGCAGUUUCUUCACAAGACAUUCCAUCACCAUCCAAAUCCCUUUCCAGCACUUCUGGUACCGGUCCUGCUGCAUCACCUUCUGAGGCACUAUCAGAAUCAUCUGAGAAGGCCAAUGUGCCUUCAGGCACAGAUUCUUCCAAGCUUCCUGGAUCACCUAAGCACUCCACUGGCACUGCUUCCACAAAGGUGCCUGAAGCAUCUAACGACACUUCAAAGAUAUCUAAUAGCACUGAGAAAAAGAAAGACCCUUCGGCUGGCAAUCAAACCAAAUCUGCUCUGCUGCAAGAUGAGCCAGAAGUAAUAGACCUUACUGAUGACCCUGAAAUACCUGCUGAGAAAUCACCAAAACCAUCUGGACCUAGUCCGCACAAGCAAGAUGCACUGCCUGCUAGCAAAUUCACAACACUUACCACAAGAUCGCCUCAUACACUCGUCAACGCACCUUCAGUUUCUUCACCAAAUGCUUUAGAAAGAGCACCAAGUGUCUUUGUCGUCAGCAGCAGUAUUACAACACCGACAACUUCAGGAACAGUAUCAAGUGCAAGACAAGUCGCAAACAUAGGCCAAAAUCUUGUUUCACAAAAUGCUAUCCAGAGAACUAGCCAACGAGUAGCUGCUGUACAGCCUGUAUCUAUUGCUUCACGGACUGGUUCCAUGUCAGGGUCUGUAUCAUCUCCGAAAAGAAUUUCCCCCGGAGUCCCAAAGAGCAUCUCGCCGCAUAAACAGUCUUCAUCUCCAGCUAACAUUCAGCUCAGGAACGUGAAUCCUCCGUUAGUGACAACCCAGGGUUCCAAUCUACGCUCUCAGGUGGUGAGCCUCCAGCAUGGUCCCAGGCAACAGGUCCCUCCUGCUAGCCGAGGACAAUCUCAAACUUCUCAGGUAUCCGCACAGCAACGACAAAUGUCGUCAAGCCAGCAGUCUGUCACAGCUCCCAUAGCAGGUCUACAAACUGUGAUGACAACAAUGCAAAACCAAGCUAGAAUGCAGGGGCAGGUGGCAAUGGUACAAAGGCUUCAGCAGGAACAGCAGCAGAUAUCUCUGAACAUGCUGCAGCAUGGUCGACAAGGUGUUCAUCAGCUUCCAGGAGCUGCUGCUUCAGCCGCAGCUCUUGCCACAAGACAGCCAGGCCAGGCUUGGCUGCAGCAAGUUAGACCUGGUCAGGUCACUUCUACACAACAGCAAAGUUUGCAAGUUUGUCAGCAAAUUCAACUUCCGACCGGUCAGAUACAGUUGCAGAUGGUGAGACCUGUAGGUGCGGGUGCACCUCAAACCCUCCCCACGUCAACCCUACAGUCUGGCUCUCAGCUUGCCAUCCAGCAGCAACAGCACUACCAGAAUGUAGCCAGAAGUCAAGCCAGCACCCAGGAGCAGAUCCAAGCCCAGGAGAGAACCCAUGCUGCCAACCGUGCCCAAGCUGCGGCAAAGGCUGUCCGGGAGCAACGGGAGCAGGAGCAGCAUCAGCAAGCCAGAAUUGCGGCUCAGAGGCUACAGUCAAGUCAGCAGGAUCAGCAGCAGGUACAAAGGGCUCAAAUAAAGAAACUGCAGGAAGAGCAAAGUGCUGUCAAGACUCAAGAGCAGCAACAUCAGAACAAGAGGCGACUCAUUUUGUCUCAGAUUCAGAGAAGUGAGGAAUACAAGCAAUCUCUCACAACCAAAUUGACAGCAACUCAUUCAGGAAUGAAUCGCCAGGUCUAUCGGAACUGUCAAAAACAACUUCAAGAUAUGCAGCAACAAGAAGUGAAGCUGCACAGUGAGUUGGGAAUCGUGGAGAAAGCCCUUGCAGAAUGUAGGAAUAAGAGCAGUAAGCUAGAGCAACAGCUGCGUAUGGCAACUGCCUCUGCUUCAAGAUUAUCCCCUCAAGAACUUCAGCAGCAUCAACUGCAGCAACAGCAGCAGCAGUUAAAUCAGCAACUGGCGCAGCGUCAAAUACAACAACAAAGGAAUCCACAGCAACCGCAGCAGCAUCAGCAGCAGCAAGGCCAGUUACAAGUGCAGCAGAAACAGGAUAUGACAAAAUCACAGAAACAUCCUGCACCGUUGCCCGACCUGAAAACUACAUUGGACCUCCCUCGUACAAUUCUCUUUACCCCUCUGCCAAUCAGACCUCUCCUGGAGAUCAAGCACUCCCAAGAGGGUAUUGUCCUCUCCUGGAAGGCAGACCCUGCAGGAGGUGCGUCCAAGGUUGAAGUCAUGCGUUACCUGCUCUAUGCCUACCAGGAAUCUGAAUCCGCCACUCCUAGCACAGACCUUUGGAAGAAGAUAGGUGCAGUAGAUGCACUUCCGUUACCCAUGGCAUGCACACUAACCCAUUUCAAAGCUGGCAGUAUGUAUCACUUUGCUGUAUGUGCCAUCAGUAAGCACAAGAGACCUGGGGCAUUUAGUAACAUUGGCAGUAUCAACCUCCCUUGAGCUGCUUGAUUAGCUUCACCUUCCUUCUGGCCCAAUCGCUUCCAAACACUGCAUCUACUGUCAGUUUUCUGAGUGACAAGCAUUCCUUGAUCUGUAAAUUAUGUUGUCAUCAUUACAAUAUAUUCAUGAAUUUCUGUAUUUAUAAAUAAUGUCUGAAGUGACAAUUUCUUGUUUUCUAUGUAUAAAUGUAUAUGAGCAUUCUGUUUUCUUUUAGUUUGAUUUUUAAUCUCUUUUCAUAGUUUUUAUUUUGUAUUUUGUUUCUAAUUUCUUCACAUGCCUUCAGUUUUUUUUACCAGAAUUUGUUGUCAUCUUUCUAGAUGUUGUCCAGCAUGCACACAGCCCAUUUAUUAAUGACAUGCUUCUAUGAAUGAGAUUUUACUUAAAAAUUCAAUAAAUCUCUUGUAUUUUUUAUUUAGUUUUCCAGUACUUGUUAUUCAUUCAGAUACCUUUUUAAAUGCAGAGCUACAUUUAAAGACAUUGACAGCUUUUCACACAAAAUGAAUGAAUAACCUUUCAAUUUAUAUUUAAAUGUACUUCUUGUACUUGAUAAAAUGUCCACUGUUUGAUCUGCUGAUUGAACACCUUUAAUGUGAUCUAUCUGUGUAUAUUAGUAAUGUAAAUUAAAAUAAAUUAUUCCAUAAUUGUUGUUUCUCUGCUCUGUGAAUCAAGAUGCUCUUUGUGGUAUUGUUGAUAGUCAGUUCUCAUCUAAUUCUUUGUACUGGUGUCAAACCAUUAAAUGCUUGGCUCUGAAAUGACAUUGGAAACGGUUGCAUUCUAUUCAAAUAUGGUCAGCUUCAGUUUAGUCUCUCUUUAAUAGUGUCCAGUAGGACCAAAUUGAUAGAGAAGGUAGUGGAUGCUGGAUCACAGAACACAGGAAGGGCAAGCUACAACAGCUUGUCUCUCCAAUCAGUUGCUUGAUGGCAUUGUCCUGGUGCCUCCAAUUCUACUUGAUAGGAUGAAGUUAAACUCUGUGACUUGGAGGAAACCUGACUAAUUGGUCAAUCAGCAAUGGCAGGCCUCUACAAUCCUCUGAGUGCUCAAUGUUUCCUGGAGUGCCAGUAAAGCUGGUUACCUUUUGUAGAGGCUCUGGAAUACUCACAAGCUUACAUUGACUUCCAUUUCUUUGUGUCCUCAAGGACUGUUCCAGUGCUACUGAUGCUAGGUACCUCAUUGAGAGACUCUGGAACACUCCUGGCUAACAUUCAUUGUGUAAGAGUGUUCCAGUGCUACUGAUGUGAGGCACUGGAAUACUCCAACCUAAACAACAGAUACGAGGAGCAAGCUGUUGUGGGUUACAGUGGCUUGCACCUCCUAUUUUUUGGAGGGGAGCAAAUAGUACUGCAAUGUCACUGCUUAAUAAUUUGGCGACUUGACAAUGAGAAACACUGUACCUCCCUAUAACAGAGAUGUAAGUAAGUGCCAGCAUUUAUUUUGUAUUGGUUGUUAAUAAUGCAUAAUAUGAAAAUUAAGCAGUUGACAGCUCACCAUCUUUGACCAAGCCUUUCAGAGUCAAAGUCUACACUGGCCAAAGAGGAGAAAAUUGUUGAUUAUCGUGACAACCCUUUGCAUCUAAUGCCUAACAUCACACCAUCAUUUCCCAUCAUAUGGACCAUAAUGAUAUUCAUGUUUGACCUGUUUAUAUCUUCCUUGUAUGUAGAUAUGUAUGCUUGAUUUGUGAAAUUAACAUUCUCUUAGUUUGUAGGUUCUCACUGUUACUCGAAGCCUAUGUAAUAUGUGUGAUGACUUCUUAAUUAGUUUGUACAUAACUCGUUCCAGCACAAAGCCAAUGUAGAAAAUGGGAGAUGAGUAUGAAUUGUGAAAUACUAAAUGAAAUUUGUGCCAGGUGAUUAGAGAAGAAAUUAGUAAUGUAUAUAUACUGUAAUUACUUAUGUUGUGUAUGCAUGCAAGUGGAUAUACAUGGUUGCUGUUUUUCAAUUGUUAUAAAUCUGUUUGUUUUUUAUGAUUAUUUUAAGACAUUUUGGGCCAGUUCAAGUUAAUGCAUUAAUUUCAUUUUGGCUGAAUCUUACUCUGUAUUCUUAUAAUGAAUUAGUGUCUUUUUUAUUUCUCAUUUAGUUAAAUACUUGCAAUUCUACAAUUCAGUUUGAAUACAAGAUUUAUUUUAGUCAAGAGAAUGUUUAAUUUUGAAAUAGGGGGAGAUGAUUCUCACAGACAUCACAGUUUUUCUUAAUUAGGGGAUAUAAUCCAGAUAUGUACCAUUCUUAGUUGUUGAUUUUAUUUGAAUUUCCUAUUUUUCUUGGUAUUUUUAUUUUCCACACCAUGAGUGAUAUAUCACUUCUAUUUUAUAAUAAAGUUAUGGUUAUUUUCAGUAAGAAUGGUUGUGAGGUCUGCUUUAUGAUUUGAGUGAAACAAACUAAGAGUUCAGCCAUGCAUUUAGUAUUCAGGAUAUGUGUAAAUAUAUAUUUUUUUUGUUGAGGGGGUGGGUGAGGGAUUUGAUGUUGCUUUAUUUUGCACCACAGAUCAACCUUUUAGAAAGUCCAUACAUGCAUGCUUUGCCAAUUCAUGGAAUCAAUUCCUGAAAUGCAUUGGAAUCAAUUAUCUUUUGCAUUCCUCAGAUAUGGUCAUGUAUGUGCAAACAGAUGAAGAUACUUUUUGUGGAUUACGAUUUACUUUGCUUUGAAAUCUGAUAUCGAGUGCAGUUAACUACGCAUUAAUUGAACAUCAGUAAGUAAAAUGAUGGUCCAAGACGGAGUAAUGUUUGUCAGAUCAGAUUCUGCAAAAUUAAACAAGAAUUGUUUUGGGUACAAGACUUACAGACAUUGUACUGAUGAAGUACAGUAGAUUCUUCAUAAGUUGAUAAUUGUGCAAGUCCAAGCAAUUUUUUAGAACAGAUGUGUUUUUUGCCUGAUUUUUAUGUCAAACUUCACCUAAGUCAUGCAGAUCUCUGUUCUAAGAGUUUCUUCACCUGUAAUUGAGUUAUAGGCAGUGUGUUAAAUCUUACCCGACUACCAAUCACUGAAGUAUGCAAAGCUGGAAUUCGAAACCCAUACUUAUUUGAUGAAGAUGAAGCAGUGAUCACUUGGUAGAUUUGUUUUCUGGAGGUUGUUAUACUAUGCAGAGUGAAUCUAUAUGAAUCCAUCCAAUAAACCAUAUCAUAGUCUAAGUAAGUGCAUAUUUGUAACUUGAAAUGCACAUAUGUAAUCUUUAUGAAAGUGAAUACAUCCAAGCAAUGUGUGUGGUAUGUCUAAUUCGCGAUAAGUUAGAUGACUGUAGUUGUAGUCAACUGCCAUAGAUCAUUAUGUGUACCUGAUCAACGUCAUGUGAAGCAAAAUUAUAAGACUUUUUUGUCAACAGGAUAAAUUUGAUCUGCAUUGAAGUAAAAAGUGAAUGAUUCUGAGGCAUAGGUUAGCCAAGUUUUUAUAGACUAGAUUAUCAGAAAAUAAAAAUGUAUAGCUUAUUCAGGAUAGAUAUACAAUUACAGAAAUCAGAUUAGUUUUAUUGGAAAUAGGCCUUGUAAUGAUGUGUGUGUCUGUGACAAUGUU